AUGAAGGGACUUAUUCUUGUCGGUGGCUUUGGCACUCGCCUUCGCCCUCUCACCCUGACGCUCCCCAAGCCUCUCGUUGAGUUCUGCAACAAGCCCAUGAUUGUGCACCAGAUCGAGGCUCUCGUCGCCGCUGGCGUCACCGACAUUGUCCUCGCCGUCAACUACCGCCCAGAGAUUAUGGAAAAGUUCCUGGCCGAGUACGAGGCGAAAUACAACAUCAACAUUGAGUUUUCUGUGGAGUCGGAGCCCCUCGACACUGGCGGCCCCCUCAAGCUUGCUGAGGGCAUCCUCGCCAAGGACGACUCCCCCUUCUUCGUCCUCAACUCGGACGUCAUCUGCGACUAUCCCUUCAAGGAGCUCCUCGAGUACCACAAGAGCCACGGCGACGAGGGUACCAUUGUGGUCACCAAAGUGGAGGAGCCGUCCAAGUACGGCGUCGUUGUCCACAAGCCCAACCACCCAUCUCGCAUCGACCGCUUCGUCGAGAAGCCCGUCGAGUUCGUCGGCAACCGCAUCAACGCCGGCAUGUACAUCUUCAACACCUCCGUCCUGAAGCGCAUCGAGCUUCGCCCCACAUCCAUCGAGAAGGAGACCUUCCCCGCCAUGGUUGCCGACAACCAGCUGCACUCUUUCGACCUCGAGGGCUUCUGGAUGGACGUUGGUCAGCCCAAGGACUUCCUUAGCGGCACCUGCCUGUACCUGUCCUCUCUCACCAAGAAGGGCAGCAAGGAGCUCACCCCCCCUACUGAAUCCUACGUCCACGGUGGCAACGUCCUGAUUCACCCCUCUGCCAAGAUUGGAAAGAACUGCAGAAUAGGCCCCAACGUCACCAUUGGCCCAGACGUCGUCGUCGGUGACGGUGUUCGUCUGCAGCGAUGUGUGCUCCUGAGCGCCUCCAAGGUCAAGGACCACGCAUGGGUCAAGUCGACGAUUGUUGGCUGGAACAGCACCGUCGGCCGCUGGGCCCGUCUGGAGAACGUGACUGUUCUCGGUGACGAUGUGACCAUUGGCGACGAGAUCUACGUCAACGGUGGUAGCGUGCUGCCUCAUAAGUCCAUCAAGGCCAACGUGGACGUUCCCGCCAUCAUCAUGUGA